AUGGGCGCCGACACCAAAUUUGUUCAAUGCCCCGAAGGCGAGCUUCAAGUCCGCAAGGAGAUCGUCCACACUGUCAGCCUGCACGAAAUCGACGUUAUCAACUCACGCUCACAAGGCUUCUUGGCCCUCUUCUCUGGAGACACAGGCGAGAUCCGCAGCGAGGUCCGGGAUCAAAUCAACACCAAGGUCGCGGAGUGGAAGGAAGAAGGCAAGGCAGAGAUUAUUCCCGGUGUCUUGUUCAUCGACGAGGUUCACAUGCUCGAUAUUGAGUGCUUUUCCUACAUCAACCGUGCCCUAGAGGCCGAGCUAGCUCCCAUCGUUAUUAUGGCUAGCAACCGUGGCCAGGCGCGCAUCCGCGGUACCACAUACACCUCCCCCCACGGUCUCCCGCUCGAUUUCCUUGACCGCGUCGUUAUUGUCAGCACGGCGCUGUACUCCGGCGAUGAGAUUCGCCAAAUCCUGGCCAUUCGUGCUCAGGAAGAAGAAAUCGACCUUUCGCCCGACGCUCUCGCUCUCCUUACCAAGAUUGGCCAGGAGUCAAACCUCCGCUAUGCCAGCAACAUCAUUACCACUUCGCAUCUCUUGACUCAAAAACGCAAGGCUAGUGAGGUUAGUGUCGACGAUGUCCAGCGCAGCUUCCGACUCUUUUACGAUCCCGCUCGGAGCGUGAAGUUCAUCAACCAAUACGAGCAGCGGUUCAUUGGCGACCAAGGUACUGUCAGCUUCACUGUCGGAGCCAAUGGCGAUGCGAUGGAACUAUCUUAA